GGUGCCUUCCAACCGCCAAGGCCUCGAGCCGCCGCAGUAGCAGGUGCAGGAGGUGUCUAACGGUCACCUGCUCUGUGCCCUCAGGUCACAGAGCUUGUCUGCAGUUUUCUUCCUUUCUCUCCCUCCACCUCGUGAGUGAGUAGCCAUGAACUGGUCUGUGGGAGUCCUGCGGGCCAGCCGGAGAGUGGAGGCUGCGAGAGUGAAUUUCCUGUGCCCGAGGGGGGCGCUGUGUCCCCGCCAGCCGGCAGGCAUCCCCCUUCCGGUCGCCUGGCCCGUCACCCUCGUGUCCAGGAUGGCGACCAUCAAGUGUGAGCUUAUCAAGAAUUUCACCUCCGAGGAGGCCGUUCAUCACAACAAAGUCUCCAUUAUAGGAACCGGAUCGGUUGGCAUGGCCUGUGCUAUCAGCCUCCUGUUAAAGGGUUUGACCGAUGAACUUGCCCUUGUGGAUGUUGAUGAAGACAAACUGAAGGGUGAGACCAUGGAUCUGCAACAUGGCAGUCCGUUCGUGAAAAUGCCGACUAUUGCCUCCAGCAAAGAUUACCCUGUCACUGCAAACUCCAGCCUUGUGAUCAUCACAGCAGGUGCACGCCAGGAAAAAGGAGAAACACGGCUUAAUUUAGUCCAGCGCAACGUGGCCAUCUUUAAGUUAAUGAUUUCCAAUAUUAUCCAGUAUAGCCCUCGCUGCAAACUGAUUGUUGUUUCCAAUCCAGUAGAUAUAUUAACUUACGUGGCCUGGAAAUUGAGUGGAUUUCCCCAAAACCGUGUUAUUGGAAGUGGCUGUAACCUGGACACUGCCCGUUUCCGUUUCUUGAUUGGGCAAAAGCUUGGUAUUCACUCUGAAAGCUGUCAUGGGUGGGUCCUUGGAGAGCAUGGAGAUUCCAGUGUCCCUGUGUGGAGUGGAGUGAACAUCGCUGGUGUCCCUCUGAAGGAUUUGAAUUCAGAUAUAGGAACUGAUAAAGAUCCCGAGAAGUGGAAAAAUGUCCACAAAGAUGUAAUUGCCAGUGCCUAUGAGAUUAUUAAAAUGAAAGGUUAUACUAAUUGGGCCAUUGGCUUAUCUGUAGCUGAUUUAACGGAAAGCAUUUUGAGGAAUCUUAGAAGAGUGCAUCCAGUUUCCACCAUAAUUAAGGGUCUGUAUGGGAUAAACAAAGAAGUAUUCCUCAGUGUCCCAUGUGUCUUGGGAGAGAGUGGUAUUGCAGACCUUGUAAAGGUGACGCUGACCCCUGAAGAACAGGCCCGUCUGAAGAAGAGUGCGGAAACACUGUGGGAAAUUCAGAAGGAGCUUGAGCUUUAAAGUUGUUUGAAACUAUCUUUCAGAAGUUACUGAAGAGAUAGUAGGUGUGGGGUUGUAUAUGUCAAAUUUUUUAAUAAACUUGAAAUUGCUAGAAGUUAGAAAUAGGAAAGGAAGUACAGUGACUCAUCUGUUUAUUCCCCAGCUUUUUUAUUUAGCAUACAGAUGUCAGGAUGAUUUUUUUUUCCCUACACAAUUCCUAAGUGACUGCAUCAAAGGUGUUUUUGUACACUGAUGUGCCAGUACUUGCCAUAUAUAUUUAGAGAGAGAGUUGCUAUUUGGUCCAAAAGGAUAAAGGAUAUAGGUGUUUAUUGUGUUACAGAAAUGAUAAUUUUCAUUAAGUACAUGUUAAUUUUUUCAUUCUGGCUGGCUUACACCUACUGUGUUCAUUUAUAUACUGUUUUUAAGAAGUUGUGACUUUCUCUACAAUGUAAAAAUAAAUAUACAUACAGACAGAAGUACUGUAAAGGAGCCAUCAGCUGCCUUCAUGCCCCUGUGACAACCUUUCAGGUGGGCCUUAAAAAAAGGCAUUAUAAAAUGAGAGCUGCGAGUAGGGCCUGUGUGUUGGGAGAAGGGGGUGCACAUGUACACACAUGCUCGUGUAUGGACGGCAGUGAAGCAGAAACGUUAGGUUAAAAUAGGAAAAUAGUAGUGAUCUGGGUGGUAGCAGUUAUGAAAGCGUUUAAUGCAAUAUAAAGUAUGAAGUGUAAAAAGAUAGAAAAGAGCUUUUAGAAAGAGACCUGACAGAGGUGGCAAGUGUUACUGUCAUUUAUUUGUCAGACAUUCCUAAAUUUUGUCGCCGCUAAAAAUAAAGCCUCUGAAAUUAUUUUAGAACUGCCUCUGAGAACCUGACCUGUUUGCACAUUAAACCGGGAAGCGUGUUACGAGUUGUUCUUGUUAGGCCAGGUCUCAUCAGCAGAGUGGCCCUGAGAUGCUCUGAGGGCAUCCCUCUUGCUCGGUUUACUUCACAUUAACAAAGCUUUUGCUUUUGUAUUGUGCCCUGUUGUUAAUCACUGUCAUAAAAAUUGGCUAUUUUAAUGAGUGCUUCAGGGAUUGUAUUUCUCAGAAAGUUACACAUUCACUUUUUAUUCCUAAAUCAAUUGACUUUACUAUAGAUUCUAGACUUUCUGCAUCUGAUACAGUGAGGGUUUAGGAGAAAGUGAAGACGCUUGUCUGACCUCUACCUAAAUGAUGUACUAAUAACGUAGAAAAUGAGAACGAUUUUCAAAUUCGUGUUAGCCUUCUUGAUGCAAUUGAGUAUUAAAUAAAUAAUAUGGUACGUUCAAACAUAUUUCAGGAUCCAUAUGGACAUAAGCCAAGCUAAUUAAAAUGGAAAGGUACCAGCAUCUCCUCUCUAAAUAAAACCGGUCCUGCUUAGUUGAAUUUUACCAGGUAGACAGGACAGCAAUCCACCCCCAAAAAUGACCCUUUACCAUACUGAUCAGAGCUCCCAUACUAUUUUAUUGGAAACAUCUAGAAAUGUUCUGACUACCCAGGAAGCAGUGUCAUGUAAUGGGACUAAUUGAUGUGCUGAGCUCUGAAAGUGGGAAGAAUGUUGGUUUGGUUCCAGACGAUUCUAAGAGCUUUUUAAGCUUAACUGCACAGAGUUCUUCCCCUUUGUCCAGCCCUUGAGUUUUUAUUCAGCCAUGUUUCAGCCAAGAUUAAUGUAAUUCUGAAGGGGAUCAGAGCACGCCUUAGGUCUAUUUUGUAAUUCUCUUUACUAUGUCAAGUCAGAGUAGGCUGGGUUUACUACAGUGAAAAACAGUCUCCAAAUGUGUGGCUCAAGGUUUAUUUCUCUCAUUAAAUCCACUGUGGGUUUACUUGAAUCUCUAGGGGAGCCGUCCUCCACAGGUGGCUUUGUACCUCAGAUUGCUUUGAUCUUAAGGCACCGCCAUAGUAACCCAGGUUUCCAUGAUUUCUAUGGGAAGGUAAGAAUGGCCUGGAAACACCUGCAGUUAAAUGCUUCAACCUGGAAGUGAUGCACAUUUCUUUUGUCAGAACUAGUCAUGUGGGUACCUAACUUAAAGCGGGUGGAGAAGUAUAGCCCUCCCGUAUCUGGAAGUACAUGACUACUGGCUAUCAGUGAACAUUAAUAAUAAUCUGCCAUACCAUUCUAAAUAAAAUGGUAGCCAUUGUAAGAGGUACAUGUGCUUUUAGAGUCAUUUUUAGUUAAAGCUGGUAUGUGAUUAGAGGUUAUAGAGGUACCAAGUCGUUCCAGGUCACAGAAUCAGAGUGGCUAUGGUGAAAGAGCCCUGCACAUCAUUCAGUCAGUUGUACUUAGAAAGCAUGUCACCAUGGAUGGGUUAACCUCUCUGACUUCUGGUUUCUCAUAUGUAAAGUGGCGGUGCUCAUUUCUGCCACAAAGAAUUGUAAAGACUAAAUAAUAGCCUGAUGCUUGGUAGAGUGCCUGACACAUAGGUAAUCUCAUACGGCAGCCAUUAUUAUUCCUGUUCAAGUAACAGUUAUUGUCUUAUUCUGUGUUAUGAAGAAGCUGAAUUUCCAGCUUCUUCAAAAUGACUGUUGGUCCUAUAACGCUUUCAUCGUUCUACCUCCAGCACCGGAGUCCUGCAAGAGGCAGCUGAAGCCAAAUGAGCUAGUCAGUGGCAAAGAUAUUAUACAACUUGGAGCUUUUAAUUCCAACAACUGCUUAUUUUUUUAAGAAUAGAUACUAUUCUUAAGGGUAAGGGUUUUCUCUAAUUGGGUACAUCUCUUGGGCUUUUAAGGAGUUUUUCAGCACACCAUGCAUUAGACCAAAAAUCUUCAUGUUGUUUUUUUCCCUGCCAAAACAUGCAUGGUAAAUGUACAGCCGUAUCCCAUGUUUCUCUCCUGGCUUACUGGCUAUAUGGCCCUUCAAACAACUAUUGCAGUGUGAGUGAGAAUAACAUUAUAAGAGACAUAAUCUUGAAGCCAUUCUAACAUCUAAAAAGUCAAUCAUACCCAGUCUUCAGAAUGUCCAUGUUAGUAACAAAUUACUUGUAAUACAUUUCCCAAUUGUCACGACACUGUAUUCAAGGCUUGCUGCCUUAGAAAGUAAUACUUUCUGACGGUAUUACAACCCAUCCCUGUUGGACACAAUCAGUGGGACUUAGGGAUGAGGUUCUUGCGCAGUGGGCUCAUUGCCUUGGGGGGUGCCAUUCCUGUCUUAGUCUUUGUGGAGAGCAGUGCCUGGAGUUGUGUAGUACACAGUGGCCCUGAUUAGAAGCGUAGCCCUGGGACCCAUAGCCAGGGAAAAAUUCUCCCCAGUCAGAGGAAAGAGGGAAAAGGAAGACAGCAGGUAAGAGCUCAGAGCUUGGAAAAUGCUUCAGAGUAGAACAGAGUUACUGGAUCUCUAGUUCCCAACAUUGUCCCGUCCUCACUGAACUUGUGGGGUACAGGGUAGGGGAUGGUUUGUGCCAAUAGCUGUCAUCGUUAUUGUGGAAUUCAGUUCAUUGGUUUAUAAUCAAAUUUGCUUGAAUUUACUCAACCCCUAAAUCUUUUUUCAAGCACAGUUUUAAGCAGGAGAAUGUUCUGUUGACCUGUGAUAGCGUAUCACUGAUAACACCAACACCUCUGAACUGCAUAUCAGAAAUUAAUACGGGGGGGGAAAAAACCUGAAGGUUUUCGUGUCCUAUCCAUAUACAUAAAUAGUAAAAGCUUAAAAAUUUGUGGAACCCCAUUGUUUAGAGUAACAUGAGGCCCUCUUUAUAACUUCAGUGUAGACUCUGGGUUUCCUCUUCUACAGCUGUAAAAUUAAAGAGGCCCGAAUGAUGUUCUUUAUCCCAUCUGCCUCCUUUCUUUUACCCCUCUUCAAAGUCUGUCUAUCCUUCUUUGGCUCUUUUUCAGAUACGAUUUCUUCUAGUGGGUCAGUAACUCAUUUAUGACUCUGGGGACAGGUGAAUGAUACAAUACUUGGGAAAUAAGGAAAGAAAAGAAAAAAAUCAGUCCAAGAAGACAAAAUGGCAACAUGACCCCCUCCUUGCUGAAUAGAGCAGCCACCCUUUACUCCUACCCAGACCACAUCUGCGUUUCCUACCUUCUUCUCAGCAACUGACCAUGUCCCACAUCACUGAGAAGGCAGGAUGGCAUAUGAUCCUCUUCAUGUCCUCGCUCUCUGACACUCCAUUUGAAAACUCUUGUCAUUGGAUUUAGUUGUAACGGAUGUUCAGCCAUAAAGGUGAAGGGAAAGAAGAGGCAGCACAAGCAGACCCUGGCCAGAGACAUCUUGGAACUGAGAAAGUCUAUGCAAAAGAUGCCUCAGUGGGGCUAUAUAUUGGUAUUUUGGACAAAGCAACAAUUAUUUUUGUGGCCAUUCUAGAUACUUAGAAUCUGCCCCCCUCCUCCAGUGCAGAUAGAAGUUCCCUGUGAUUAUGGCAACCAAAAUGAUGACACUAUUUGAGAACUGCUAUUUGGAGCUACAUUUCCAAUCCCUCCCCAGUACUGUGUCUAGGUGACAACGUGUUAUGAAGGAUUCGUCAGAGUACGAAUUAGUCUUUGAGUUGCAUGGAAGAUGGGGCUAGGGAGAGAUACCCAUGCCAGGGAUGUGUGUGUAAUGAGGACUGGUGUCUGGGACCCAAACGUUAAAAGAUGGUUGGCAUGGACCUCCUAUAGACUACAUAUAACGGAGAACCAUAUGUAUCCCCCAAUGUCAAAAUAGUUGAACCAAAAUGAUACAGAACUAUAAAGUAAUGCUUUUAGCCAACUUACCAUAUUAUUUAUGUCCGUAUGAACUUUGUUCUUGGAAUCCAGCACAUACUUUGGUGAUGUCGUAAUGACAAUGGCCAAUAUAUAUUGAGUACUGCCAUGUGUUAGGUGCUCUGCUUUACAUGUAUUAUCUCACUUAAUCCUCACAACCCUAUAAGUAGGCAGUUAUCUCCCUUCUACACAUGUGGAAACUACGGCUCAGAGACAGGAGUUUUCCCCAGUAGAGAGAGAUCUGUCUGGCGGCAGACGCUGUGCUGCGGUGACUGGAGUGAAUGUCUAGGAACUUACAAGUCCUGAGCAAGAUGCACUUGCUGAGUUUAGAAACAAAGUAAGGAAUCAGCUUCAAAAUAAA